GUACGGGGCCGGGCGCUGGGCAGGUACGGGGCCGGGUGCUGGGCAGGUACGGGGCCGGGCGCUGGGCAGGUACGGGGCCGGGCGCUGGGCAGGUACUAGGCCGGGCACUGGGCAGGUACGGGGCCGGGCGCUGGGCAGGUACGGGGCUGGGGCGCGGGCUAAGUACGGGCCGGGCGCGGGCGUGA